AUGGCGGAGAGUACACGUGCCCCCAAACCCUCCGCUAAACGAUUCUCAAAACUUGACCUACUUCACUACAUUUCUAGCUUCCCUUAUAAGACUAUUACACUCCGGGAUGCCCUAGCGAUUCCCUCUCGUAUCCGUCCUGCUCCUGAAGAUGAUGUCGAUCGCGAGGCCUGGUAUUGGCAGCACCAUCCAUUACUCCGACUCAUCGCGGACACCCAACGACCAGGAACAGUUUCCACGAAGACAAAGGGUUUUGCUUAUACUAUCCCUCCAGUCAAGCAGCUGCCUUCGACAGGAUACGUCCUAGAUUCUGCCGUAGCUGCGCUCUACUGCUUUUUUGCCACAUCGACAUUUGAAGACGGUGCAUUGUUGGCGGUGAACCUUGGUGACGAUGCGGAUACUGUUGGCGCUAUCUUCGCAGGUCUGGCUGCUUGCUGGUAUUCAGCAGAGGAAGGAGAUGGAGAUAGAGUGUUCUGGACGACACGAGUCAAAUCAUGGUGCGAAGACUUGGUACGCCGUGAUAUUAUCGACACGGUGGCCAAGGAUCUGGCAGCAAUGGAAUAUGAAUUUAACUUGUAA